AAAUUCCGCUCAAGAAAAUUCCAUUUGCAUUUAGGACGUUUUUGGAAUCCAUCCAUAACUACUCAAGGUGCAGGGUUUCCGUAGGAUUUCCGGUAUUAAACCACGUUAAUUAGAGCUACCCAAAAAUUUUAAAAGGUUAAUAAGUCGUUAAUAGUUCAAGUUCUCACGCUGAGUUCUAGACUGUGGUUCUAGGUGACUCUUAAAUUUAUUAAAAGUACAGAGUGUGUAAUUGUGUGGUUAAACGUUUAAUAGGACAACGUUUCUACAACAGUGGUUGUUCCCUAGCAUCGAGUGAAACUUGUUCACUUUUUGUGGGCGAUUCGUCGAUAAGGUACGUAAUGCAUUAGCAAGUCAAAAUAAAUUUAAAGUGUCUUCCAUCAGAUAUAGUCUGCUCGGAUAUACCUAGUCGUUAUUAAGAAUUUUUAAAUAAAAUUGGUGUUUAAUUGGUGACUAUCAUGACUAAUGAAUAUGCGCUAACCAUUUCACACUAGUAAUGUAGAUGGGGAUGCAGUAUAGAUGGAAUUUUCGAAUGUAAGUUUAUAUACAAUUUCAAAAACCAAACCGGGAACAGCUGCGAAAAUUUAUUAUUUAGGCUCUCCAGUAGGAAUCGAACUUGCGGCCAUACAGAGCCCAGUUGCGAAGCAUCAGCUAUGACUAUAACCACUGAUGACUGAUAAUUAGCUCAAUUAUUGUUUUAUUUGUUACAAUUGCAAGCGAUUUACAAAUCAUUCUUCCCAACUGAAAACCUUGACUCCUUGAGACGUUGUCUGAGCUUGUUUUUUUUAGUAUCAGUUUAGUAAUAGAACAGGUCAACAUCAAAGCUCAAAGACAGUACGUUCAUCUGUUAAUCCAAAAAGUGGAGAAUACUUUUAAUAUUAUUACUUCUGCCAUUCUAAAACUUACAUUCGUACAUCAGUGAUUUGUACAUAUGUUCUCAUAUUCGUAAGCAUAUAAUGCCUUUUCAAAAGAAUACUUUAUUAUGAUAAUUAUUAUCAGUCGAAUUAUUAGGGGUCACCUGUCAUCUGUAAACUGUAAUAAAGUAAUUAAAACAAGACAACAAAACAUUGAUAAGAUUUUACAUUAUUAAUUUAAAUUAAAUUAGGAAUACUCGUAGUCGUAGUAUAGUCCAAAUUGUAGUUUUUUCUUGAUUUUUAAGUAGUUACAUCAUAGACACAAGACCGUAUGUAUAAUAUUUCUAUAUACACUGUAAAAAUUAUAUCACAUGACAAAUGUUCAUGCAUUUGGCCUGUUCCUGUAGUUCUGUGAGUUUCUCGUCACGUUUGACCGAAUAAACUCCUUUCAUAAUUUGUGGUGUAACUAACCAACGAUUUCCGUUUCCUGACAGGUCAUCCAAAUCCGUGUUGUGGCACGCGUAGAAUAAUCGAGAAAUAUUUUACACUCGAAGAAUCUAUUUCCUUUAACUCCGCUCGAAUCCCAGAGAACACUACCUAUUUACGAGACUGACUGAAAAACAUGUCAUGACAGAGUAAGUUACCGAUGCGUUUUGUGACCGUUUACGAGUUAGAAAGAGUAUUUUAACUAUUAUAUAAGCUUUUCAACACGCAAACUGUUGCAUACAUCAAGUUUUCCUUGUCCAAAAUCGCGUCAUCAGUUGCCUAGGGACAUGAUGUUGUAUCUAGGAAGAGCAUCUACGCCUGGCGGAACCCAACGUCAGCAAUCUAAUUUCAUCAAGCCAGUGGAUAUAAUUACGUCAUAUCCGCCUCCGCCCUCAAAGAGGGCGUUUAACAAAGACUAUUACUAUAGGAGGAAUUCUAGUACCGAGCAAAGAAUUUCUGACAAGCCAGAAACACACAACUCCUGUUCUGUACUACAAGAUAUCUCAGAGGACACUACACCGUCAUCCGCUCACGCCAUCGAAUCCAUAGCAACGGGUAAAUUUUGCAAGGACUUCAAAACGGCGAUAUUAAACAAUCUCUACUGGCAGUCUGUAGUAUUUAGUGGUACUUGUCCUUACUAUCGGCUAUCAGGGAUCUUAGAUCGGAAUUUUGGGUCAAGUUGUGGUCACUUUGAUAGUGAAUAUUCCAAACAGUCUGAGACAGAUAAAAAUAUCCUGCCGAAGCCUUCCCGAAUGACAAACGAACACAGGAAAACCAACUCCGAACAGUCUACGGAAAAUCGCGAAGUUAGUUCAUUCAGCAUGGUACAUGGCGUUAAUACUAGCGUAACGAAAGGAUUUAAAACACGAAGCAUUCAAACGACAGGCGAUGAUACUGGUCACGAAAAUGGUACCCUUAAAUCUGCGUUUGUACCUGUGACUCGUCACACGAGCCACAAUGGAUUACUGGACAAUUUGAAAGUUGGCGAAAAGCGUAAACUUCAAUCGUUGACAUCUGAAAAGUUUGUUUCGGGGUUAUGGGAUGGUAAGGGAAAGCGGUUUAAAUCACACGAAACCGAAACUAUUUACAAAAGAAACGGAUUGUUCAACGAAUUCAAGCAGCCUUUCUAUUUUGGGGACAAAUCAAUAUAUUGUAAUCCAUCUUUCAAGCAAAACCCAUCUUCAUUAAAUGGAAUUACAAAGGACGUACCGAGACGAUUGGACUUUAAUUUCAAUACAACUUCUAAUGAUAUGUCAAAACAUUUGUUUAGAUUCAAACCUCAUGAGGAGAUGAGAAUUAAUCCAGAGGAUUUAGAGAAUAAUUUAACGCGAGUGGGCGAAGCGGAAUCCAUGCGUCACAGUGCGCACGGCGAUGCGUCAGUUUCUAAAAAUGGCCAAGAGACAACAACUGUUGAGGCGAACGAUUCUCGAGAAUUCAUAUCGCUGGAUUCCACGAGAUCCUCGUUUCUGACGCAAAUUCAAAAACUACGCCACAACGUGGAACGUAACGCCAUACCGUGUCCGUUUUGUAGCCAAACAUUUUCCAAAUAUCCGGACUUAAAAAUUCACGUACAGACUCAUAAAUACGCUAAUAUUUCUGGCAUCAAGAGAGAUCAACGGAAUCAACAACCAGAAUCGAUGAACGGAAGCGGUAUGUCGACGCCCGUCUCGUCACCAGCCAUACACAACCCGCAUCCACCCAGUCGCAGGCUAAGCACUGGAGACGAUGCUGUGAUGCGAGCUACAUCUGUGAUCCAAUUUGCUGAAAAGAAGAACAAGGAAACAACGCGAAAAUAAUAAUGGAUUUUUGACAAUUUUCUUUCAUAGGGUAAUUACACCAAGUGUAAAUUACACCCUUUUAAAUUGAACUUUUAGAGAUUGCUUUAAAAGCGACAACUUUGAGAAACAGAAAAAAACUUUUAAAUGGAAAUUGAAUGUAUUGUACAUUGUAUAUAGAAAUAAUCUAAGCA